AUGGCAGCUAUGAACUCAGUUCUCAAUUUUUUAUGCUACCACCACCUAAUUUCCCAAGACAAGGUGCACUCAAAUUGCCAAUUGUUGCUCGACAUUCAUGAGCCCUUGCAUGGCCACACUCCUCUGCUUCUUCCCCAGAAUAAUACCGACAAUUGUUGUUCCAACGCCAACAAUCGCCCCGAUCUUUGGCUCACCAACCCAGCCGCAAAUAUACCUUCCACCUUCCGAACCGUCGGCUUCUUGACUCAGCUAGGUCAUGUUUGUAUCGCAGCAAAGCUGUGCAAAUGCGACCACGAAGCAUGCCUCGAUACGCGACGGAUGAUGUACCGUAGUGCGCCCUCGUGUGAAUGGCGCCCUUUCCGAGACUGGGCCCUUACUGCCAUGUCCUGCCGGGAAGGAUUGGCGCGAGACUGCAACAGCAAAAGCGGCUCAAAAGACGGACAGGUAGAUUUUUUGAGUAUGGAGCGAUCAGCUCGCGUACACACACAUAUUAUCAGCGCAGUUCACGCUUGCUACACCAUUCUCGAUGCGUCCAGAGCAAAUGGUGGGAAGCGAAUGAUGCAGUCCACGGGCGACGGGUUCAUGGGACCUGUCAUUGACGUGCAGUCCGUCUGCAACUUGAUUUAUUGGAUGCUAAGCAUCCUUGCUUGCCAUAAUCUGGAGCCAGCGGCCAUGGGCCGUUGGGAUGGCUACUAUAUUCCUCGGAGCGUCACUGUACCGGCUAUUCACGAAGCCGCGCGGCGCAUUUCCAACCUGAGCUUGUGCAGCUGUCGCUUCUGGAACCUGGUGAAUGUCGCCGAACGAAAACAGAACGAUUUACCAGACCUCAUCCAUAGCCUUGAACAUGUAGGUCGGCGAGAAGCCUUGAAGCAUCAAGAAGAACAUUUCGGCUGUGCCCCGAACAGGUGUCAAACCGCGCACAUGGAUAGUACGCGUGUGCACCAGAUGCAUAAAUGCAGCAUGUCUGGAAAUGAUUGCAAGCAAGCGAAAUACCCUGUACAGGAAUUGAUAGCUAGAGUAGAGUUGGGAGAAGGAACCGCGUGGUCGCGGGACAAGGAGGAACUGAGCGCGGCGGAUGCCCCGUACAUCGCCAUCUCCCAUGUAUGGUCAGAUGGGACAGGUGUUGGGAUGUCGGACCAAGGUCUGGUCAACAGUUGUUUGUUUCAAUAUUUCGCGCGCAUUGCAGAGAGGUUGAAAUGCAAAGGGAUAUGGUGGGACGCGCUGUCCUUGCCACUUGAACCGCGGACCCGCAGCAAAGCCAUCAAUCAGAUGCACAAAAAUUACGCGGAUGCCGAGUACACUGUCAUCCACGACAGCUACCUACUCAAUAUCAAAGCUUAUGAUGCCGAAACAGCAUGUCUAGCCAUCGUGCUGUCGCCGUGGUUCACGCGCGGAUGGACAGCGCUGGAGCUGCGCAUGGCGACUCAGGUCAAAGUUCUUUUCAAGGGCGAAAAUGAGCAAACGCCAGCCAUCAUGGACCUUGAAACUGACAUAUUGGCCUCAAGCCCCAAUGUCGUUUCUCGUGCACAUUGGCUAGCCUCCAAGGUCAUCCGUCGGCUGCGCAGUCAAGCAGUUGAAUUCGUUGACGACAUAAUGGCUGUGUUAGGCCCACGACAGACAUCACGCGUGCGGGAUCGCACUAUCAUCGCGGGGCUACUGACGGGUAUGCCUCAGUGCAAUUAUUCGCAAUCUGAAAGCGAGAUCACCAAAUCUAUUCUGUUCUACCUGGGCUUCGUUCCUCACGAGAGUCUCCUACAUGGUCGGCCGACCAUGUGUGAGAAAGGCCCAUUCUCCUGGUCUCCCGCUACACUGGACGAGAUGCCAAUAACAGCACGAAUUGACAGUGAUAGCCCCGAGCUUCGUCGCAAGCGCAUGUUGAAGAUUCAGGAUGGCGGUGCGGUCGUUGGUCGCUGGCAUUGUCAGACUGUGACUGAGCACCAGGUCCAGAACAAUCUCAUUGAGCCACAUGGAGAUCAUGUUUCGGUAGCUGUGCCUUUUUACAGUGCCCUCCUACAGUGGACAAGUUGCCUGAUUCUCCGAGAGAGGAAGGGGGAUCGAGGGCCCGCAGUUCUAGUCAUGACUGUGCCAACAGAUACAGAACACCGCGAACGCUACUUGGAUUGCCGCUAUGUGGGAGCGGCACGGAUCGCCGAGGAAAAUGAUGAGUAUGGAGAUUAUGACGGCAUUCGAAGGCAGGAGGAUCUGGUGUCCUCGUGUGAUGCCACCGUGCGGAUUGGUGCUGAUAAGGACAAACAUGUCUGCUGUGCCCGUGACGCCAUAGAGCCGUGGAUUGACAAGGCAACUCAGGAAGGGUUGCGAGAGAGUUUUAAGAAGCAAAAAAAGAGCCUAGUCGAGCAGGUCGUCAACGAGGGUUGUCCUGGUCAAGAACAAGACGAAAGUGACCAUUCACAAUUUACUCGACCUGGAAGACGGGUCGACGCUUGCCCGCAGCAGGAGUAUGAAGGAAGUGUACAUGAUGCCUCACCGGCCGACGAAGCACUGGGAGAGGAACUAGUCCUGGAAGCCUUCAAGACCCCUAAGGCGCCACAGAUACUGCAACUGUUCCUGACUCAAGGUGUGGACAUCACAAAUGAGAUCAAGCAUAAACUAGAAUUCAGGGAACUCAGCCUCCUCGCUUCUGUUUACUUUGCCAAUAAUCGCCCAGACGAUGCUAGGCAGACGUGCGCACUGGCGUACGAGCAGUUGCCCUCGGGUGGUAUUGCUCAGGCCAUUGAUCCUGCUACUGUUGAAGCUAUGUGCGAGUUGGGUAGAACCUGUUGGAAGACGGGGUUACUGAAUGAAGGACAAUGUGCCUACUCGGGGUGCAUAUCAUAUCUAACUGAAGCAGACGAUGAUAUGGGAAAGCGACGCCUCCGGUUGCAGGCCCUUGGAGAGCUCAGCUUCCUGCAUUCCGAAAUAGGAAUGAUGAAUGAGGCAACUUCUUGCUACCUGGGCGCCCUGAAAAUAAUCGAUUCAUCUCUAAAUGUUCCCAAUGAUGUUUACGUGUUCUCGCACGAUGCACUCACCCGCUUAGGUGAUUUAUGUUCUCACAAAGACGCCGAGGACCAACGGCUAAAGACUUUAUACAGCAAAGUCUUGAGGGACUUUGAGAGAGAGUUAGGAAAGGAGCAUGCUGCAACCCUUAUAACAGCGCAGAACCUCGCUGCGGUACUGUAUGCUCAAGGGGAGAUCGCUGAAGCGGAGGAGGUUCUUAAGGAAGUUAUCCGCGCUAUGAAGAAGAUGCUUGAUGGCCGUCAACACCUAUUACUUUUACGGGCGAGAUAUGAUCUAAUGCGGAUUCAUAUCUUACAAGGGAAAAGAGCAACGCCACAGAAGCUAGAAGCGUUUGCGCAAAUAUGUGCAAACAACUUACCCUCGGGUCAUUGGUUAGUUCGUGAAGUCCGCCUUGCUGGAGGCCGCUUGUAUGAGAGACAAGGAGAGUUGGGGAAAGCGAUCCAUUCCCUGGCACAACUGAUAGGAUCGCCACCCCCAAAUAACGCUGAGACAUCCAGUGUUUAUCUCCAUGCAUGCACAGAACGUGAUCUGGGGAUAUUUUAUUUGAUGUCAGACAAUACCCAAUCAGCAGAGAGACACCUUAAAGCGGCGCGAAUGCAACUGGAAGGUAUCAGACUCGACAAUCAUCUUGACGUCCAUGUUGCAGACUUAUGCUUGGCAGUGCUGCAAAAUGAUAAGCUGCAAAACGAUAAGCUAAUUCUGGAAAGGGACAGUCAACAGCUACGCGAUACUGCUGCCAAGCUAUUUCGCAAACCUAUCUCAGGUAUAGAAAGGAUAUGUGGUCCCACGUACCCCGAGACCCGAGAACUCGUCAGCCUAAUGGCACGCUUGUGUGAGGCAAGAGUACGCAAAGAGAGCAGCGAUAGGGUCGGUAUACCAGUUAUACAGGCUAUGUAUCAUCUCAGUGAGCUUCUCUGUCGAUACGGAGAUGACGCAGCUUCUCAGGGCCGAGUGAAGCGUACAAUUCCCUACUACGAUGAAUUCUAUGGGCCAGAGAAACCAUCGAAAGGACAAGCCUUCUAUAGAGUAGAAGAAUUGGAACUACCUCGGGAGGAUGAUGAAGUCAUCAUCGAGAAUGCAACAGUAUCACUACACCAGUAUGGAUCGAGGGAGACUAAUUCAACUGAUGAUGACUCCAGCGACACCGAGGAUGAGUCCGAUUCCGAGUACACACCCCAGAACCUAACGAUCUACGAUCUCGCGGGCACCGUGCGCAAACUCGGCGGUGAAGAGCAUACACAGGGGCUACAAGAGGGUGACCGUGUUCUCGCGCUGGCUGUCUAUCCAUUUACUAAGGAGGACCGACACAAGGGAUUCCGAAACUACACAGUUGUUCCCGCCAGCCUAGUAGCAGUUAUCCCCCCAAGCCUCUCAUUCUAUGAUGCCGCCGCCCUACCACUGGGAAUAGUCACUGCAGCAGUAGCAUUAUUUCAAAGGCUAAAAGUCCCCAUCACCUCCCUUUCCGCAGGAAGCAAAAGCAGACGCAGAAAAGGUACCGGGACAGUCAUAGUAUGGGGAGGCACCACCAGCCCCGGGUGCAACGCCAUCCAGCUAGCAGCCGCAGCAGGCUGUACCGUGAUAGCCACAGCACCGGGCAAGGAAUUCGACUACGUACGACGCCUCGGAGCCAGCGAAGUGGUUGAUAAGUACAGCCCAAGAGCUAAGGAGGAUCUCUUGGAGAUCUUGAAGAAGAUGGAGCACACAAGACUCCUGGGUGCAAUCGACACCGAAGAUACAGACAUUAGCACAGCUAUCUGCAAAGCUGUUGUGGGAAACAGUGAUUUAGUAGCACCCGCAUCUGACUCCCGCCCGCCAGAUGCAAUCUCGUUCAAGGACACUGUGAUAUGUCGUAACAUCUUCAAGGAGUUUCUUCCAAAGGCGUUGAGUGAGAAGAGCUAUGUUGUCGCUCCGAGUCCGGUGUCUCCUCCGAAGAUCUCACAUUUGCGUUCGACUGUUGAGAGGGCGCAGAAGAAGGUUAUUACUCCUGUGUAUUGUCCGUGA